AUGACCAACUUUGCCAAGGGACGUGGGCGAAUGAACGUUGCUAGUCCACAGCUUGAACCACAACAACAAGCACCGGCACCCUCACGAGCACAGAUAGGUGCGAGGUUAAAAGCUGCGGUUCCCCGAGACCCCCUCAGGCAUCCACAGCAGCAGCAGCAGCAGCAGCAGUACGCUGAACCGAAUGGACAACAUGAAAACAACACCGCUAGGAUGACGCCCCAACCUCAUCAUCGGCUCUCAGGUGACUCCCGCAAUGGCAAGCGCGAUGUCGAUAGAUACGACACAGAUGCUGAUAGUAUUGAUACAUCGACUCUUCAUGGCUCGGUCGUACAAGCUUCUAAUAACCAACAUCUCCCGCCGCAGCAAGAUUUGGACCAGCAAAUAAAACAAGGUGAAAAUGAGUAUGAGGAAUACGAAACGGAAGUGUCUGAUGAUGAGGAAGAUACUCCUGAAGAUGAUGAGAAUCAUUCCGGUGAGCCAGAGCAUACAGGAGGCUUUUUUGGCGGAGGUGAUUCCUACCCAAGCACCACCUCCGGGCCCCCCGAAGAUACGGUAAAUUGGGGUACAGGUGUCAAGCAAGAGAUGACACAAGAUCAUAAGCAGCCAAGUGCCGACUUCUUCCAGCACCCCCCAAACUCCCAUCGCCCUGGCUUUCAGCAGAAACUUCCUGUCCCUGAGCGAAAUCUCUUCGCGACCACUGCACAAGCACCUCCGAAACCAAAUAUAUACGAGAAGGGUCGGACAUUGCAUAUUGCUCAUAAGAACAACAGUAUUGGCGCCAAUGUAGGUCGGGCCGGGAUCCAACCGUCGUCAAAUACUCAAGCCACCCGUGAACCAGCACAAGGUUCGAUGGUUAUCCGCUCGCAAGCACCACAGAGCAGCACACUCCCAGAGCGUGGUCUACGAUCAUUGCAAGGCCAAACAUCAGCCUCUGUUCAAACAAGCGUUCCCGCUCCUCCUCCUCCGGUCUCAGCUCAGCAGAUAACUACAAAAAUACGAACAGAGGAGGAGCUGAAACAUGGACCAAACGAAGACUAUGACAGAGAGACUCUUUACAAAAUGGACUACGCCAGUCUCAAGAACGAAAGCUUCGACAAGCCACCUCGUCCAUUGCCCCAAGUCUUGUCCGAAGAUAUGCAAAAGAAGCCACUCCCUGACCGUUUGCAGCAUGUCUUUGAGAAGCUUGGAGAAGAGGACCAUGUUAAGUUCGUCGAAUCCUUGACUAUGGAUGAUUGGGAAGAUGCCGGCCAAUGGUUUGUAAACCAAUUCAGCGGAAUCAUGCAGCGAACCACGAAUCUGAGAAAGCAAAAGCGGAAAGUGGCUCGAGAGUUCGAAGAUCAAGUUGAGAAGCGCUACCGCUAUGUUGAGAAGCGUCAGAAAGUUGUGGAGGAUGCUCUGAGCAUGAUGCAGCAGCGGGGCGAGAACCUAGUCCCGAGGACCCCCCGGGCUUCCAGGGAGCCAAGAAACGUGUGA